UUUGUUACAUUUACUACAAUUUGAUUAGUUAUGACAAUCAACAAAAACUAGAAUAAAUUACCAAAAACACAACAAAAAUAAGUAUUAUAUGCCUGAAUUAAUUCAAUUAAGAUAAAAAUGACACAAUUCCAUUCAAAAUACAAAUAUACAAUAUAAUAUAGCCCCUAUUUUCUAUAAAAAAAAUAAUAAAAAAAAAACCUUAUAGGUUAUCAGUUAUAUGUUGGUAUUUGUACCUACAAAUUAUAAUUAUUAUUUAUGUGUACAAAUAACUUAGCAACAGAUAUUCAAUUUUUAAUUUAUCACCAUAUUAAAAACUUUAAUACAACAUGAACAAAUGUGAUUGUAAAAAUCAAAAUUGUAAUCACAAUAAUGUUUAUGUACAGCCGCCAAGAGGUAAAUCAUAUGCAAAACAUGGAACUUAUAUUCGUCCAGAUAUUCCUAUGCAGUAUAAAACCGAACAAAAAUUAUCUUAUAAGAACUAUCCUAUUAAUGGAUUUAUAAAUAUUAAUUCAUCUUCAAAAAGUAACUGCUUUGAAGAUAAUUUAAAAUUUGGUUUUCAAUAUCCAACAGUAACUAUUCAACAAUCCAGUUACAAAAAAUGGACAAUUUCAGAUGAGUUGGAUAUUAAAAAACCAAGAGACUGUUCUGAUUUAAUUGGGCGUGGUUCUAUAGACUUAAAUACUACUAAACAUUUUGACUUUCAAAGAAAAAACAUUACUCCCCAAAGUAAACACUAUGAACAACCUUGCAGUGUUUUUAAGUUAAAUACUCAAAAUGAAAUUCAAUCUACAAUUUAUCAAACAUCUUAUAUGGAUUCUAAAAUAGAAAAAAAGAAUGUUGAUAUUUUCAAACCUAAAAGUGCUUACAUUAACCCAACAAAAAAAAUGGAAACAAUGACAACAAAUAAUAUAAAUUAUAAAAAUUGGAUCAGGAAUUCAAAUAAUUCAAAUAUAAAGACUAGGAACGAUUGCCAAACAAAAAAACCUAUAGAACAUCAAACUUCAUACAAUUACUGUUACACUGUACCAGGAACAUAUAUUAAAGAAGUUACAUUUUCAUCAAAUGAUGAUUUAUGUAUUAAAGAGUGUUGUGAUUAA